UAUAAAAAUUUGUCAGUUAAUCAUUACAAAUGUAAAGAAAAAUAGAAGGCUAUAAUAAAGGACUAUAUAAUUCAAUAUCAUAAUUUGAACCAAAAUAAAGAUCCAAUGGUAAGACUAGUUUAGGAACUGGAUCUUUUGGAACAGUUAAUUUGGUAUAGAAUAUUAAAUCAUAACAACUAUUUGCUAUUAAAUCAAUUUAAUAAUGCAAUAUCCAAACUCCAUAUGAAUAAGAGGGAGUUGAAAGAGAAAUUAAAGUUCAUUUGAAAUGUCGACAUCCAAAUAUUGUAAACUUAUAUGAUAGUUUUAUUGAACAUGGAAAUGUAUAUAUGGUAUUAGAGUAUGCAGAGAAUGGGAAUUUAUAUAAUUAUGUAUAAAGAAGAAAGAGAUUAGAGGAAAAAGAAGCUUGCAAAUAUUUUAUUUAGACUUGUAGAGCAUUGCAAUAUUUACAUGAAAUGAAUGUUUUUCAUAGAGAUAUAAAAGUAAUGUAUAAAACUAUUGUUUAAAGCCUGAAAACCUUUUACUUGAUAAUAAUAAUGAUAUAAAAUUAUGUGAUUUUGGUUGGUGUGCUGAAAAUAUUCAUUUGAAGAGAAAGACUUUUUGUGGAACUUAUGAAUAUAUGGCUCCAGAAAUUGUAUCUGAUUUGCCAUAUGACUAUAAAAUUGACAUUUGGUCAGUUGGAGUAUUAUUGUAUGAAUUAUUGCAUGGUUAUGCUCCCUUUAAAGGAAAGGAAUACAAGGAAAUUGCAUAGAAUAUUAAGAAUGGACUAAUUAGAUAUUCUAGUUCAAUAAAUUAAGAUGCCUAAGAAUUGAUAAAAAAUAUUUUGCAAAAAGAUCCUUCAUUAAGAUUAUCUUUUAAUGAUAUAUAUUAAUCUGCAUUUGUUUAGAGAUGCAUACCAUAACAAUUUACAUGUAAAUUAAUUAAAUUUUAUAUGAUAGAAUUGAAAAUAUCAAUGUCUCCUAAAUCAAGUUUUUCUGUGGAUCAAAAUUCUAUUUAAAAAUAUUAAUCUCCUUUAGUAAGUCAUAAAUAAUAACCUUUUGGAAGAUUAAAUUAAAAUAAUACAAAUAACAAUUUAAAUAGUUCUUCUUCUAUGAGUAUCAAAUCUCCUAACAUUUCUAAAACUAGAGUAGAUUCUAAAAAAUAAUAAAAUAUGUUUGAUGAUAUAAAAAAGAAAAUUAUUUAUGAAUAAACAAGUCCAUUAAGAGAUGCUACUAAUAUGCAUAAAAGAAAUUAAGUUAGUUUUACUAGUCUGAUAAAAAGUUCUAAUACAAAACUUAAUACUUUAACAAGUCAAUAACCAAAAAAAUUAUAACUUAGUAAAUAUUGUUCUAAAUCGAAAAAUUUUGAUGAGAAUGGAACUGUUAAAUUGUUAGAAUAGUUUAAAUCAAUGCCAUCCUUCACAAUUGAAGAUUAAUAACACACAUAUGAAGAAGAACAAAGAUUAAAUUUAAAAACUGAUAGAGUAAAAGGGUAUUUGCAAAGUUUUAACAUAUAUUAGAUUUAAAAAAGAGCCUUAAGAGCCAUAGGAUCUGGACAAACUCUUAAAAAUGUAUCUUAGCAUGUGUAGCAGCAGAUCUUGAUU